AAAAAAACAAAGGAAAUAAAUAUUAUUCUUAAAAAUAUGAUUGCCCUGUGAAGAGCCCAAUAUAGACUUGGGCUGAAUCAGCCCAAUAAAGAAAGGAAAAUGGGCCCGUCAAUUUCUUUUAACGAACAAGGUAAAUAUCUUUACCUUUACUUUUUAACCACGUAGCAGUAAUGCGGGAAUCAAUCGACACGUGUUAUCCUCGUGGUCACCUCCCGAACCCUCACCGCUCUACUUUUUAAACUUGAAAGAACAACUGAAUAAAUCAUAUUUUGUGCAGGCAAAAAGAAAUACAUAUUCGGAAAAACUCAGUUGCAAAUCAAAGAAGGAGAAAAUGGCACCGAAGAAACGGCCGGGUAGAGCGAAGAAAACGGUGGUGACGUCGACAAAAGUGGUGGAGGAAACCGUCAAAGUGGUGGUUACUCCGGGAGGAAGCGGCGGCGAAGAUGAUGACAACGACAACAACGAGAGUGUUGAAAUGAUUUCUUCUUCCACCAAACAGAAUACUGAAAAUGUCGAGAUUUUCACUUCUUCGCCGGAGAAAGAACACGUCCUCAGAACCAUUCCCGUUGAAGACAAAGAGGAGCAGAUUCCGGCGCCCGAUAUUGUUCCACAAGAACAAGACGAAGAUGAAACGCAGCCCUACUCAGAGCCCGAAACCGCUUCAACGCCGCCGCGAAAAGAAGCGCCGCCGCCAAAAUCGUCGGAGCCACUCGAAACCCCACCGCCGGCGGAGAAGAGAGAAACCAGGAAAAAGAAAUUCCAGGAGAAGGCGAAAGAAGCGGGUCAGGAGAAGAAGGCUACUACUGAAAAGUUACGUCCAAAGAGACGCCGGAGGAGCGUCGCCGGCGCCGGCGCCGGAGAAUCGUACAAGAGGUACGUGUUCAAAGUGAUGAAGCAGGUGCACCCGGAGAUGGGGAUCUCGUCGAAGGCGAUGACGAUCGUGAACAACCUGAUGACGGACAUGUUCGAGAGGUUCGCGGAGGAGGCGGCGCGUCUGCAGAAGUACACUGGGAGGAAAACGAUGUCGUCCAGGGAGGUCCAGGGGGCGGUCAAGCUUGUUCUUCCCGGCGAGUUGGGUAAACACGCCGUCGCCGAAGGUGCCAAGGCCGUCACCAACUACGUUUCCUACGUCCCAAAAUCAUAAUCAAAUAGUAUAUAUAUAUAUAUUGUGGCCUGGCUUCCAAUUGUGGCACAAUUUUGUGGGUUGACUGUGAAGUUGGAAGGUUGGGUGUUCGGAUUUAUCUAGGUUGUUGGUAGUUAUAUAACUAGUGGUGUAAGAUAUAUUGUAUUUGUUUAUUUAAUUAGGUUUAAUUUGAGUGGUACGUUAUGCAUGUAUAGUUGUACACCUUGACCUAAUUAGGAUUAUUCCCACUCGAUUUUGUUGACGUUAUUGUGAAUUUUAAAU